AUGAAAUACAGGAAAGCAAUUGCAUUUCUGCACCACGACCAUGAAUUCUUGGAAGCAGCCGAAUUGGGGGAUCACAAAAAGUUGCGAUUUUUAAUCGACCAUAAAGUCGAUAUUCAUUGUAAAGACCACCUUGGACGCAACGCACUGCACUUGGCAGUAUGUACCGGCAAUCGUUACGCAGUGGCAAUGCUUCUCAAUGCUGGGGUUAAUCCCACUAUCAAAGACCACUUGGGCAUGACGCCGCUCUCCUUAUGUCUGAUGAGAAGACCAUCUUUGCGAAUGGCAUCUUUAUUAUUUGACCAUGGUGCUGUUCUUCUUCCAAGACUAGCUCCUACGGAUACGGGUUUGUUCCUUCAGUUCGUUAUGAUGUGCAUUCCGACCAAGGAAGAAGAGAGAAUAUUACGUCUUCUAGUACAGAAAGGCGCUCUUGUAAAUGAUCCUGAAGCACCGGGUGGUCGCCAGGCAUUACAUUUUGCUGCUAUGAGUAAUAACACUUGCUUGAUUAACAUACUAAUAGACUUGGGAGCCAAUCUGUUUUGUGUUAAUCACAGAAAUCAAACACCUAAACAGGUCGCUGCGGUAUUUAAUUGUAGACAGGCUUAUGCGCUUUUGGAGCAGUAUGAAAUUCUGCAUGAUCAAAAAUAUAAUCAAAGCCGCAGUGAUACAAGUGCAACCUCUGGAUGUAGCGAUAGUACCACUUAG